AUGACGGUUCAACUCACAGUUAUCAGAUACCAAGUUAUCAACCCCCAACCCAGCAGCACUUUGAUCCUGUUGCUUUGUGAGUUGCCAGAGAACAUCCAAAACAGCACAGAGGAACUUGAAGAUGAAAAAGAAGAAGAACCUGGUAACAUAAAGCCUACAAUACUGGCAGUUGGGGUCUUGACGGCCAGCACAGAACUUCCAGAUAUCGUAAAAGAACAGACUUACCUUAAAGAGCUAUAUGUCAAUAAUACAAGUAUCCAAACCACUCCAAAAUAUAUACAAAUGUUUCGAAAGCUUAUUGUUCUGGACGUGUCACACAAUAAAAUAAGAUGCCUUCCAUCUGAAAUAGGUUAUUUGGAAAAUCUGAAAGAAUUUAACAUCCAUUUCAACAAUCUACAAAUCAUACCACCUGAGCUGGGAAACUGUGAAAACCUAGAAAAAUUCGAUUUGUCUGGAAAUUUAGAGCUCACGGAGUUACCAUUUGAGCUGAGUAGCUUGAAAAAGGUCACUUUUGUAGAUGUGUCAGCAAACAAAUUCUCUUCUUUACCAAUUUGUGUCUUGCGAAUGUCAAGCCUGCAGCGGUUGGACAUCAGCAGUAAUAAAUUACAGGAUCUUCCUCAAGGCAUAGACAGGAACACCACCCUAGAAUAUCAGUAUAUAAAGCUAAUUGAUAGUUUAUGUCUAGAGGCUAAAGAAGAAAAGGAAAGUACCAAGGAUCGAGAAUAUUUUGAGAAAGAAUUUAUGAAGACCUACAUUGAAGAUCUUACAUAUAGAGGUUAG